AUGAAGGGCCAGUCGAAGAACGGACACCGCCGUUCAAACUCACGUUUUGCCAAUGACGAUAAGCGGUUAGUGUACUUGACGAGCAAAGCUAUGGGGAAAAAGUGUAUUGCCACCAUCACCGACGGAUCGCGUUAUCAAGGGUUGUUGGUUGGGUCGGAUCUUUCGCCGUUGUCGGUGGUUUUGUUAAAGCCACAGCUUGUGGGAAGUAGUUUGCUUAAUGAGAAGAACAAUCUCGAUAAGUUGCCGGAGAACUUGAUUAUUCAGGCCAAGGAUUUGAUUGAUUUGGAAGUUGAUGUGGAUUUGAGUGAGCCCGUGAAGCCGCCACACGAGUUUAAGACCGAUGCGGAUAUUUCUGGAAAGAUGCAGAUUAAGGAACGUGAACUUGAGAGAUGGGUUCCUGACGACGAAGUUGAGUUGACGUUGGAGGACGACGGAAGUGAAUGGGACCAGUUUAAAGUCAACCAAGAAAAGUUUGGUGUUGAGUCUAGUUAUGAUGAGCAUUUGUAUACCACUCGAAUCGAUACGUCAGCGCCCGACUACCACGAACGUGUUGCCAAGGCCGAGAGAAUUGCCAAGGAGAUUGAACAGCAAGCCACUACUGAUCGACACAUUUUGGAGGAAAGAGGGGUGGUUGUGGAUGAUAGUGGGGUAGAUGAGGAGGACAAGUAUUCUGGGGUUGAUAGGAGAGGCGACGAGUUGAUGGCAGCGUUAAGGAAUGCCAGUAUUUCGAAACCAGCACAACAGGGUACGACCACGCACCACCACCAUGAUCCGGCGAUUGUAUCUAGUUCGAAACAGGCGAAACCCGAGUCUAUACCACCGAAACCGCCGGUGCCAAAUGAAUCGUUUAGGUUGAAUGCGCAGAGUGAGAUCAACUCGUUGCGUGAGUUUAGUGCCAACUUCAAGAUCCCGCAUAAGAUGCCACAGGACUUGUUACCAAUUUUGGCCAAAGAUAAGAUGAAGCAGGACGAGAUUUUAAAGAAACAACAAGACCACACCAAGAAAGAGCCGAAGACGUACAAGUUGAACCCGAAAGCUGCAGUGUUUACGCCAUCGUCGAAACACGCCACCAUAUCGUCGCCCAAGAAGUCGCCCCGACCAUAUUCGAAUGGGAAUGUCAAGAAGCACUAUCAGAUAUCGGCAGCAGACUUUUUUGGGGUGAACAAAGUGCCAACCAAAGAUGGACAGACCACCAAAAUUAAGGAGUUUAAGUGUGGGUUUAAUAUGUUUGUCACGACCAGAAGAAAGCACAAGGAGUACGAAAAGUCGUUCCAGACCCCGCCUACAUGGGAAUCUACCGUUGAUGUUGCUCACGAUAAGUUGUUUACGGCGCGGCCAAUAGUUGCUCCGGUGGCCCCGCCUAUAUAUGCGAACAAGUUCCCGAUGUCGCCACAGGCGGCGGCCAUGAUGCAGCAGCAGCAGCAACAGCAGUUUGCGAUGAUGUUUCCGCCACAGAUGCCGGUAUUUUAUGGCGACCCUACGUUUUAUCCGCCGCAAGGGUUUGUGCCACCACCCCAGUUUGGUAACCCGAUGAUGAUGGGCAACCCGUAUGGUAGAAGGUACACGAAAAAACAUUAG